GUUAGGGACCAUGCCUGUGUUGCUCCCCUCCACGGACCGCAGCAAGGACUCGCGAGUAGGGGCUCCAGAAUGGCGCCAGGCGGCCCAGGCCACGUCUCGCAAGGCGCACCUUCUGACCGAUCGCUGCGGACAGGAGGCGGUGACAAUGUGGCAGCCCAAAGACAGUGUGCUGGACCCGAACGUGGCUCACCACCUGGGCCGCGCCGCCUACAUGGAGCCCUGGCGCUUUCGCGUGGAGAUGCUGAAAGGCGGCGGCACCCUGGAGAAGCCACCGCCGGGAGAAGGCGUCACUCUGUGGAAAGGGAAGAUGAAGCCCCCAGCCUGGUACGCGCGCCUACCGCUGCCUAUGCACCGCGACGCUCAUGCCCAGCAGACCGCCGAGGUGGUGCACGCGCACGCGCGCGGGGCGCGCCUCACCGCCGCCCGCCUGGGCCGCGCGCAGCACCAGAUCAAUGGGCAGCUGCGGCUGCUCCUGCGCCAGCGCGAGGCCAGCGAUCGCAGGCUCAGCGAAGUGCGCAAGGGCCUGCUCAUCAACCAGCAGAGCGUCAAGCUGCGGGGCUACCGACCCAAGUCCGAGAAGAUCCCAGACAAGGCUGACAGCAUGCUUGCCUGGGAGAAGGAGGAGCUGAAGUCCAUGAAGAGAAAAAUGGAAAAAGACAUGGAAAAAUCAGAGACCUUGCUCAAGGCUCUGGCCUCCUGUCGGGACACUCUGGACUUCUACUGUCAGGAAAGACUUCAAGCUGUGGAGCUCAUGAACCAGCCGCUGGACAAGGUUCUGGAGCAGGCUGGUCGCCACUCAUGGGUGGACAUCACCCGACCCCCAACUCCGAGAACUCAAGGCCAGAAAACGCCUCCCCCUGACCCGGUGGGCACAUACACACCAGCCUGUGCUAAAGCCUUGUUUGAAGCCAAGCGCUUGUUGAUGGAGUCCAAGGACACUUUAGCAGAGCUGGCAAAGAACGAGGUGGACAUUCAAAAUCAACAACAGCAGAUCAGCGACCUCGUAUGUGCUUCACUAGCACAGAAGAUGCGUGAGACCUUGGAGCUGAAGGAAAGAAUGACCAUGACUUUAGGGCUAAUGAGGGGAACUAUCCACCGGUGCAUGAAAUUCAAUCAAGAGAUGUAUGUCACCAGGGGCCUUAUCAAGGGUCCUCUGUUGAAAAGAAACCUGGAGGCUCGAGAGAAACUAAACAGACCCUUGGUUCGCAUGUAUCAGAGACACGUGGGCACCCAGCUCCCAGAGGCUACGCACCUUGCCCAGGGUACUGACAAGCUGAUGCGCCACAACUUGCACAUGGAAAAGAAUUUAGAAGCGCUCCGAACAACACACGACAACCUCGCCUGGAGCCUCAACUGCAAAAAGAUAGGGCAUGACGUUGAUUACGAUGUGGUGCGCCUGCGCCUGCGCCAGCGCCACCCGCAUGUAUGCUAUGAGCAAGCACAGCGCCUGGUUAAUGACUGGGACCUUUGCACGCCACCGCGCAGCGGAACCGGUACUACCCUCAAGUGA